AGCGUCAUCUGUGAGCGUUUAGAACGAAAGUUUAUAUUUGUACUUCGUCUUUGAACGUUCGCAACUGCAAGUACUGCACGUCUCUCUGACUCUCUCUCUCGCAUAUCGCAAUGGAGGAUAAGAACGCAUCUGGUAACGCCGCGGCUACGGAGAACGCAGCUGCCGGUUCACCGCCUGCGAAGAAGACCGCGAAAUCCAAAGCCAAGGCGCAGCGACCCAAGUCGACGCAUCCUCCGACCUCGGAGAUGGUCACGUCCGCCAUCAAGGAGCUGAAGGAUCGCAAGGGCUCGUCCGUGCAGGCCAUCAAGAAGUACAUCGCCUCGACCUACAAAGUCGACGGCGAGAAGUUCGCUCCCUUUAUCAAGAGAUACCUGAGGGCAGCGGUUACGUCCGGUGCGGUGGUGCAGACCAAGGGAAAGGGUGCAUCGGGCUCGUUCAAGCUCUCGACCACCAAGCCCGCUCCAAAGAGUAAGGUAAAGCGUGCCGCGUCGAAACCCAGCGCGACCACUAAGAAGGCUGCUGAAAAGAAGGUUACGAAGAAGGCGCCCGUAGCGAAGAAACCAAUCGAGACGAAAAAGACAACGGCUGAGAAGAAGUCGGCACCUGCGAAGAAGACCGCCAAGACCGCAGCGGCGAAGAAGGUCGAAGCCGCGGCGAAGCAAAAGGCUGCUGCUCAGACCAAGAGCUUGUCCAAGACCAAAAAAGCUACCAAAGCUCCGGCUGCAAAAACCAAGACGCCCAAACCAAAAACUACCAAAGCAGCAGCUACCAAGACCGCGAAAGCAGCGAAAAAAUAAUUUUCUGAUUCUACUUCUGACAUAAAAACUGGCCCUUUUCAGGGCCCCAAUCGUCAUAAACGAUGAAACAAUUUCUUCGCAAUAACUUUUUAAAACUUUCUUUUUCAGGAUCACACUUGGAGAAAAUUUACUAUUUUAUUUGAAUAUUAGAACAGUUAUUCUUGGAAUAUUUUAUUUUACUGAUGUUAAAAAAAAAAUUCACUUUUAUAGGCGAAUUGGUAAAGGUCACGAUGUCCAGGAAGAUUCUGAUUACAGUGAUACUUUGCAAUAAACUUCCUUCCAUUGUUUUAAUAUAAUAAGGAUACCUACCUAUUAGCAUUGAAAUUUAUAUCUAUUGUCGAUUUAAGUAUGUUAAUUUACUUUUACAUACUUACUAUAUGCAUAUAGAAAACAUCCAACUAGCUGUGUUUUAAGAGUAACAAAAAAAUCUGUGCACAAUUACUGAGUUUGGAAAAU